CCAAGCCGCAGGUGAGAAGAGAGAAACGCGAUAUUUAAACCCUAGAAAGGGAGCGAAAGAGCAAGAGAGCGAGCAAUGUCUAGGGUUUGUGUGAAAAAUCUGCCGAAAUAUGUGAAUGAGGAUAGGAUUCGGGAUUUCUUCUCGCAGAGAGGGGAGCUCACUGAUGUGAAGCUCAUGCGCACCAGAGAUGGGAAAAGUAGGCAGUUUGCUUUUGUGGGGUUUCGGAGUGAGAGUGAAGCCAGGGAAGCUAUCGAUUAUUUUGAUAAGUCUUAUAUGGAUACUUGCAGAAUCACUUGUGAGGUUGCUCGGAAAGUCGGAGAUCCGGAUAUACCUCGUCCAUGGAGUUCCCACUCCAAAAAGAAAGGCAGCUCUUUAGAUGAAAAUAACAAAGAUGGAUCUGGUAUGAAAGUUGAAAAACAGGGUUCCUCAAAUGUCAAGGUGAAAAAUCACAAAAGCACUGAGAAUAAAGAUCCUCAGCUGCAAGAGUUUCUUCAAGUCAUGCAGCCUCGUGUUAAGUCUAAAAUAUGGGCGAAUGAUACCUUGGGUGAAGCUAACCUUGUUGACCAAGGUGGUAAAACUGAUGAUGAAGAAGAACAGCCCCCGAAAGUCAAGAAGAAGCUAUCAGCGAAGAAACAUCAAUCAGAGCUUGUGCAUGAUGAUUCUGUUGAAGCUUCUCCAAUAAGUCAAUCCCAUGAAGUCCCAGGAGAUGAAUCUACAGAUUUGGAUUAUUUUAAGAGUAGAGUAAAGAAAAAUUGGUCAGAUUCCGAAUCAGAUGACGAAGAAAUGCACACCGGAAAUGCAGGCAAUGAGAACAAGGAGAGUAAAAUGAUGGCUGGAAAAGGUGAUCUUUCAGAUGGUUCUGAUGGUAAAAACUUGGAUGAGAAUCACCCAUCAUUGCCUUCUGAUGACCAUGACUCACAAGCCUUGGUCACUAACCGUCUGUUUGUCCGUAACCUUUCAUACACAACAGAUGAAGCUGAAUUGAUGGAGCUCUUUAGCCAUUAUGGUGAUGUGUCACAAGUCCAUAUUGUAGUUGACAAGGUCACAAAAUAUUCUAAAGGUUUUGCCUUUGUGCAGUACAAGCUUCCUGAAUCAGCUGCCAGGGCAUUGGAAGAACUUGACCACUCAAUAUUUCAGGGCAGGCUGUUACAUGUUAUCCCUGCAAAAGCACAGAUUGUGUCCACUGAUCAAAAGUCUGAUCGGUCUGCUAUCCAAGAUAAUAAAAGUUUUAAGCAGAAAAGGAAAGAGCAGAAGAAGGCAUCUGAAACUACUGGUGAUACACGAGCAUGGAACAGCUUGAUCACACACCCAAAUACUGUUGUCGAAAAUAUUGCUAGGAAACAUGGUAUCAGUAAAAGUGAAUUGCUUGAUCGGGAAGCAGAUGACCUGGCUGUACGAGUUGCACUCGGAGAAACAUAUGUCAUAUCAGAAACUAAAAAAGCUCUAUCAAAUGCUGGGGUUAAUAUUAUUGCAUUAGAGGAGUCUGUUUCCAAGAGAGGUGGCAGUAUAGAAAGAAGCAACAAAAUAAUAUUAGCCAAGAACUUGCCAUACAGUACUUGUGAAAGAGAUCUUGCUGACAUGUUUGGGAAAUUUGGGAGUGUGGACAAAAUCAUUCUUCCUCCAACCAGAGUUUUAGCACUGGUUAUCUUUCUUGAAGCCUCAGAAGCUGCUAAAGCUUUCAAGCACUUAAUAUAUGAACAAUACAAUGGCGCUGUGUUAUACUUAGAAUGGGCACCAAGCAACAUCUUAUCCCAAAAUGUAAAAGCAGUGAAAGAUGGGCCUGCAGGUGUUGUGAGUGACGAAAAUAUUAAGAGUUUGUUACUGGAACAAAGCAUUGAGGGAUUAACAGAAGAUGAGAUAGAUCCUGAUAGGGCUGAGUCGCGGACUAUAUAUGUAAAGAAUUUGAAUUUCAAGACAUCUGAUGAGAUCUUAAAAAAGCAUUUCAGUGAUCAUAUGACCAAAGGAAGCAUAAGAAGUGUCAAGGUGAAAACUCACAUUAAGAAUGGCAAGAACCUCUCAAUGGGUUUUGGUUUUAUUGAAUUUGAUUCUGUUGAUACAGCUACAAAUGUAUGCAGAGAGUUACAGGGGACAGUUCUGGAUGGUCAUGCUCUAAUAUUGCAACUUUGUCAUGGCAAAAAAGAUGAUCAAGUUUUGAAGAGAGAUGAGAAGGAUAAGAGUUCGACGAAACUAAUUGUGAGAAACGUGGCAUUUGAAGCAACUGAAAAAGAUUUAAGGCAGCUAUUUAGUCCAUUUGGCCAGAUUAAGAGCUUGAGAUUGCCAAUGAAGGUCGGUAAACACAGGGGUUUUGCAUUUGUGGAGUUUGUAACAAAGCAGGAGGCGAAGAAUGCCAUUCAAGCUCUCUCAAGCACGCAUCUCUAUGGCCGUCAUUUGGUCAUUGAACAAGCAAAAGCUGGAGAAACCCUAGAGGAGCUGAGAGCCAGAACUGCUGCUCAUUUUGUUGAUGAUCAUGUUGGAUUUCAGAAUCAACCAUCCAAAAAGAGAAAGGUUAGUUAAUAUGGAAUAAAUCUCUGAUAAAUUAUCGGAAUGAAAAAAAAUUUGUCGACUAGGUUUCUAUUUGAUUGUAUUAUAGAAGAGCCUUUUUUUCCCGAUAACGUUUACAUAAUUUAUAAAUUACCAAGUGUUCCGAAGUAUCAAGAAUCAUAUCUUUUAAAGCUUGCCAAUUACAUAGAGGCGUGAUGAGUCGACUUUUUCAUUGUGAACAUGGACAUAGUUUAUUCUU